GAUACAUACGUAUUUGACGCUUCUCUAUCUGGAUUCCAGCUGUACAAAUUCUUAUUAUAAAUAUCUAUAUGUAUAUAUAUAUACACUAUAUAAACAACACCAGUAUACCAAACUAUAGCUUUCCAACUUGUACAAGCUAGGCUCUCUCCUUUUUGUUCUACUUGUAAGAGUUCUAUUUAGGUAGCAGAGAGAUACCAACUUAAACAAACAACAUUUUCUAGGCAAAGACUUUUGAUUAUUACAGGCGUGUUGAGGCUUAUGGGUUUAUCUCUUUCGCUGCUGGUAUCUGCUUGGGAAGAAAUUGUAACUCACAGACUAUUUAGUCAAGCCUUCAACAUAAGUUUCCAUAGAAAAGAUGGAGAAGUGAUUUUGAGAGUUGACAGCUUCAAGAAAACAGAUUCAGAAUCCAACAACAGUGACUCAGUUGAUGGGUCUGGUGUUGAGCUUAAAAGAAGGAACUCAAUCAAUUUGAAGACAAACAACAAGCCUGAAAAGGUGAUUCUUGACAAGGAUUUCUCGUUUGAGAAUCUUUUAGUUGAAGAGUACAGAAAGAGAUCAUCCACACCGCGGUCCUCCAAUGGCGGCAAAGAUGGAAAGAUGAUGCUCCAACAAGUUCCUAAUCUUGCUCUUCCGGAGCCAGCCAUCUUUUUCUCGCCAAGACCUGUAAGCGAGCUUGAUGCUGCGGCAGUUAAGCUUCAGAAAGUUUAUAAGAGUUAUAGAACAAGAAGAUACCUUGCAGAUUGCGCAGUCGUCGUUGAAGAGCUCUGGUGGAAAGCCUUGGACUUUGCAGCUCUAAAACGAAGUUCUGUAUCAUUUUUCAAUGAUGAAAAACCAGAAUCUGCUGUUUCCAGAUGGGCUAGAGCUAGAACAAGAGCCGCCAAGGUGGGUAAGGGCUUAUCCAAGGAUGAGAAAGCUCAAAAAUUAGCCCUUCAACACUGGCUAGAAGCUAUUGAUCCAAGACAUAGAUACGGACACAACUUGCACAUUUACUAUGAUGUCUGGUUCCUAAGCGAAAGCACCCAGCCUUUCUUCUAUUGGUUGGAUGUUGGAGACGGGAAAGAAGUAAAUCUGGAAAAAUGUCCUAGAACUGUCUUACAACGCCAAUGCAUUACCUAUCUUGGACCAAAAGAAAGAGAAACAUACGAAGUAGUUGUUGAAAAAGGGAAGCUUGUGUACAGACAAAGUGGGGGACUUGUAGAAACCCUGGAGGGCUCCAAGUGGAUAUUUGUACUAAGCACUACUCGGUCUUUAUAUGUGGGUCAAAAGAAGAAAGGUGCCUUUCAGCACUCCAGCUUUCUUUCUGGCGGCGCCACCACCGCCGCCGGAAGAUUAGUUGCCCACGCCGGAGUUCUUGAGGCUAUAUGGCCGUACAGCGGUCACUAUCACCCAACAGAAGAGAACUUCAGAGAAUUCAUUAGCUUCCUCCAAGAAAACAACGUAGAUCUCACUAAUGUUAAGAGAUGUUCAGUUGACGAUGAUAGUUUUUCAAUUAUGGCGAAUAAGGAGGAGCCCAAAUCGGAGGGCUCCUUUACAUCUAGAGAAUCGGACGGUGGAAUGAAGGAAACUACAGGGGAUCAUAUCCCAGCGAAUGAUGAGAAGGUGGAAGCAGCAGUGUAUGAAUUGGCCAAACGGUUGUCGUGCAAAUGGAGCACAGGCGCUGGGCCCAGAAUCGGGUGUGUUCGGGACUAUCCUACAGAGUUACAAUCCAGAGCACUGGAACAGGUUAAUCUAUCGCCUCGGGUGGGCCGUAGCCCUAUGGGUUGUUUCGGCCCGAUUCCUUCGCCCCGACCAAGCCCAAAGAUCCAUUUGUCUCCUAGGAUUGCAUACAUGGGCCUUCCAAGCCCAAGAACUGUUGCAGCCUCCUAAGCUCAUUUCCCAAAACGGGAUUUUCCCAUUUUGGAGUAAGUUUAAUUUUUAGGGAGUAACUUUGACUUUUUUUUUUAAUUUUUUUUUCCUUCAUUCUAAUUAUAUAUAUAUUUAUUACUAUUAUGAUUUUAUUGAUGUAAUUCGUAAUUACUUCAUUCGUUUAGAAAUAUUUUGCUUCUGAGAAUUAUUUAGAUAUGGGUUAAUUGAACCCUUUUGACCCAAUGG